GGGCAGUCGAGAGCUGACUCGGGAGAUAUCACCACUCAGUCUCGGUCUGCACUUUCUUCUCGCCACAGCGCUCUGACCAGAGUCUUAGGCUCCGUAUCCUUCCGUCGCAUGCUGAAUCCAUCUUUUCAACGUCUUGAAGUUGACGAAAAGAUUUAUCGUCCCUGUAGUCCGUUCCCGGAGCGGGACGCGGCCCUCAAACGCUCUGCCAGGACUCACGACACGUGGUGAUACGGCCAUUGAGAUGAUCACCACCGCACACUGGAACGAGCUCGACGUCAUCUGAGCCCACGACUCGCGCUUGUAUACGCCUGCUCAUCGCCCUGUAAUCCAUUCAGCAUCUAUCAACGCCAGGAGUCACGGUUUCUAAUCCGGCUAGUCGCCCAGCAUGGCCUUCUCUGAUCCGGAAACGCGCGGGACACCACUCUUGGUGCGGGAUGGCACGAACAUCGACAGACGGCAGUGCAGACGAGUCGUCCCGAUGAAGGUUUUGGUGCUGGGUCUCUGUCGUACAGGAACAACGUCCGUACGAGCGGCUCUGAGAUCUCUGGGAUAUCUUGAAACAUAUCACAUGCGGGCAGCCAGCACCGAGACACCACGUGACUGCGAGCUGUGGAUGCAGGCCAUCAAGGCCAAGUGGGACGGGGAGGGGAAGUUCGAAAAGGAGGACUGGGACCAGCUCCUCGGCCACUGCCAGGCCGUGUGCGACCUGCCCGCAGCCGCAUUCGCACCAGAGCUCAUAGCUGCGUACCCCAAGGCCAAGGUCAUCCUCACGAUGCGUGACCCCGAAUCGUGGCAUAAAUCCACGGCCAAGACCAUAUACCACAGCAUCAGCGACCCGACAGCCCAGGUGGUCUCCCACUUCGACUGGGCCUUCUCGCUCUACCGGCCUAUGCUGCUGGCCCUCUGGGAGCGACUGUUCGAGGGCGACUUUGAGAACCGCGGCGUCGAGGUGUUCAAGAGGCACUACGACCAGGUCCGGGAGCUCGUGCCGGAGGACCGCCUUCUCGAGUAUGAUGUGAGCCAGGGCUGGGGCCCGCUCUGCGAGUUCCUGGGCGAGGAGGCGCCCCACGCCCCGUUCCCUUUCACCAACACCAUCAGUGAUUUCCAGAGGGGCUUCCGGGGCCGCAACACGCGCAAGAUCAGGGGCGCUGUCAUCCAGGCUGUCUUGUUGGUGCUGGCCAUGGCGUGCAUCUGGAUUAGCUUUGGGUACAUCGCCAAGUGGACUGAUCGGUUGUGAGGGUUGUCGUUGAUGGAUUGGCCUGCUACGCGGGGGUGAGUCGAGGUUGGGAUGCUUGCAACAGACCACGACCAUUAAAGGAUUGGAUGAUGGUCACGAGGUAGAUGAAAGGGAGGAACGAUCCUCGUCAUGAGCUUUCUGCGCCGAGGGUACAUGGGGAACUAUCGAUGGCAUCAACGACGUGCCUCGCAUGCUUGAAGGGUUAAUAGGGAGCUCCAUUCUCCCAGCGGCAGCCUAAUUUGGGAAGGUGUAUUGGCGUAAGAGGUAGGAAUUAUCUGGGCAGCGUUGGAUUUUGGGAUUCUGUUUCUGGCCAAACCUAGCACGUGGAAGUCUAGUGGAAGGUCUGUACUGAUGAACGAUGAAAUUACUCAGCGGCUUGUAUCGGGUGUGAAAGCCCUACUUGCGUGGACUAAGCCAUUGUCCCCGACGCAGAGGCCGAACUACUAGUAGUACUAGUGUUGGUGAGGUUCAAUAUGGACUUGGUCCGGGAUGUCAAACCCGUGGACCCCACGUAAAGAUAGAUCAUGCGGCUGAAGCAUCACAAUAUGGUAGAUUACCCGUCAGGGCUUCUUCUACCGGCUCUCGCAAUCCGAGUCUGCCGUUGAAUCCCGUGCUCACAAAGAACAAAUACUUGAAAGGCAAGGUUGUCAUUUUGAUGCUGCCUAACAAGGGCCGUAG